AUGAAACCUGUGGUGCAUGCAGCAAAGGAGGGACAUAGAGAAGUGUUUGACCUACUUGUCAGGGAAGGUGCCAACCUGUCUUUAUUGGAUGAUGACGAUAAGAACAUUCUUCAUUUGGCUUGUAUUGGAGGAAAUGUAGAAAUUGUAAAACAUGUUCUCGCACGGAAAAUGUGGGAUAUCGACACUCGAGACAAUGACGGUUGGACACCAGUAUUGCAUGCAGCUAAUAAUGGACAUAAGGAUGUGUUUGACGCUCUUGUGGAAGCAGGAGCAGAUCUGUCACUAGUGGAUGGCGACAAAGAAACCAUCCUUCACUUGGCCUGUGAUGGGGGUAAUGUUGAGAUAAUCAAGUACCUUCUGACACAAGACAUUGGGGACAUCGGCAAUCGAGAUAUAUACGGCUUGACACUAGUAAUACAUGCAGCUUAUAAUGGUGAUAAGGAUGUGUUUGACAUCCUUGUUGAAGCAGGAGGAGCCGUGUCACAAGUAGGUUAUAACGAAGAAACUAUCCUUCAUUUGUCUUGUGAAGGAGAAAAUGUUGAGAUAAUCAAGUACCUUCUGGCACAUGAAAAUGUGGACAUUGACAGUCGAGAUGGGGGCGGCUGGACACCAGUAAUGCAAGUAGCCAUGGUUGAAUGUGAUGACGUGUUUGACUUACUUGUGAAAUGGGGAGCUGAUCUGUCACUCCUGGAUGAAGAUAAUAACAACAUCCUUCAUUUGGCCUGUGGUGGAAACAGUAUUGAGAUUGUACGGUACCUCCUCACACACGACAUUGUGGAUAUCAACAGUCGGGAUGGGGAAGGAGACACACCAGCAAUGAUUGCAGCGUGUGAGGGACAUGAGGAUGUCUUCUUCUUACUUGUUGAUCAUGAGGCUGAUCUAACAAUUAUAAAUGAUGCUGGUGAUAACAUCCUAGAUAUGGCUUGUGAAGGAGGAAAUGUACAUAUAGUGAAGUAUGUUUCCACACGGUCCAUUGCUGAGGGGCCGUACAUGGAGGGCAAUCCAUGUUGA